AGGGCUUAACAAAAGAAUGGCAGAGAGGAUGGGAAAUGGAAGUCAAGGGUAGACACUACUUUUCUAUACAAUCUGAAGUCAGGAAAAUAUGUUUCUGUACAUCCCUGUCCCGUAGGGACUCAGUUAAACUGUGUAGAUUGAGGUUGGGACACUGUGGGUUAAAUGGCUAUUUGUGCAUUGUAGGGAAACAUGUUUCUGGCUUGUGUGAAUGUGGGAGUAAUGAGACAGUUAAGCAUGUUUUCCUAGAAUGUAAAAAGUACAGGGUAGAAAGAAAAGUAUUGUUUGUUAGACUGAGAGGACUUGGAGUUGAGGCUUUUUCUAUUUCAUCUUUGUUUGGACACAGUGAGAAACAUCAACUGAUAUCCAGGGCUGUUCUUCAAUUCCUGCAAGUUACAGGACUGUAUGUAAGAAUUUAGUUCAAACUUUGACCUGUGGAGGGCAGUAAUACGCUUAGCAGCGUCUACACUGCCGGAAUUCUAAAAGAAGAAGUAGCACGCUAGGCGAAUGUGUGUGCGUUUGAGCGAAGUGGUCAGUGGGGGCGUCUCCCAGUGAAGUUUCAUGUUGUCUACUCGCCUCCCUCCGCUCACAGUGAGUUUGCCGCUCGUUAUCUCCAGUGAACAUGGAGUUCUCGGCUCUCCCCGGGGUCGUGCUCAGGGUGUUUGGCGGGUUCCCGGCGCUGGCCGUGUUCUGCACCGUCUUUGCCCUGGCCUUUGACUUGAUGAAGAGGUGGAAGAAGUGUGGCAACUACCCUCCCGGGCCCCGUGCUCUGCCUUUCCUCGGCAACCUUCUACAAGUGGAUCUGCACACCCCGCACCUGUCAUUCGCAAAGCUGCGGAAGAAGUACGGUGAUGUGAUGAGCUUAGACUAUGGGUGGACAAACAUGGUGGUAUUGAGUGGCUACAAGGCCCUGAAAGAGGCACUGGUGAAGAAAUCAGAAGAUUUUGCGGGCCGGCCAGACCUCCCAAUAUACAAAAAGGCCUUUAAGCAGUUUGGAGAAGGUAUUGUUCUAGCAAAGUAUGGUGACUGGUGGAAAGAGCAGAGAAAAUUUGCACUUUCGACACUGAAAAAUUUUGGGCUCGGAAAGAAGUGUCUUGAAUUGCGAAUUGUGGAAGAAGCUGGAUUUUUAAACCAAGCAUUUGAAGGUGAACAAGGUGGCCCUUUUGAUCCUCGCAUCUCGUUAACUUAUGCAACCUCAAAUAUUAUCUGUUCCAUUAUCUUCGGAGAUCGUUUUGAGUAUAAUGACAAAUGGUUCCUUGGAUUUUUGCACAUAAUUGCAGAAAGCUUUGUAUUGGAAGGUGGAUUUUGGGGCCAGGUGAUGAAUGUCUUGCCCUUUGUUCAAUACCUCCCGGGCCCACAACAGAAAUUAUUUGAAAAUCAAGUUAAAAUCACUCAAUUUUUAAACGACAUAGUCAUAAAGCACAAAGAAUCGUGGGAUCCAGAUGAUCCCAGGGACUUCAUUGAUGCUUUCUUUACACAACAGGAGAAGGUGAAACACAUCCCCAACACAAGUUUUCAGGAGUCCAAGAUGGUAGUGACAUUAUGGGGCCUUUUUACUGCAGGUACAGAGACCACCUCCACCACCCUAAACUGGGCCUUGCUCUUCAUGGUGCUCCAUCCUGAUGUACAGUCCCAGGUCCAUGAGGAGAUCGACAGAGUCAUUGGGAACGGGAGGAAGCCAAAGUUGGAAGACCGUGAGGAAAUGCCAUUCACUAACGCAGUUAUCCACGAAACCCAACGCUUAGGAAAUAUUGUUCCAAUUUCACUGCCUCAUGAAACAUGCAGAGACACCGAGGUCAUGGGUUACACCAUUCCUAAGGGAACAACAAUCUUUCCAAACAUUACCUCAAUCAUGUAUGAUGAAGACAUUUGGUUGACUCCACGUGAGUUUAACCCGGGACACUUCCUGAAUUCUGACGGGAUGUUCGUGAAGCCGGAAGCUUUCAUCCCAUUCUCUGCAGGUAAUGUCAUCGUGUGUGUUUGGGGGAGCAGCUGGCAAAGACAGAGCUCUUCAUCUUCUUCACGUCCUUGCUCCAACACUUCACCUUCUUUCUCCCGGAAAACGAGCCACGUCCGAACUUCAGGGAAGCUAAAUAUGGAUUUACCCUCUGUCCUCUCCCCUAUCGUCUCUGUGCUGAAACCAGAUGAGAUGUAAUAGAGUGAAAACUAGUCAGAGGUUGCCGAAUCUGUCGAAGUCAUUGCCACAGACGGAUGCUGAAGUUAGGUUAUUGUAGAUGGCUAGUGCAUGUGCCUUUAACAUAGUGACCUCACCACCCUUAACCACUCCCCUUAUUAGGUGUAUAAUUGCAUGCUCCCUCCCUGGUGUCUCUCUCUCUAGCUACGGUGACAGACCACGUACAGCUAGAAUAGUAAUGAUGUGAACAGAAUAAAAACUACAGUUAAGACUA